AUGUCGAACCUCAUGGACAAAGUCAAGGGCAAGGUCGAAGGCGACAAAAGCAGCGGUGGCAGCACUGGUCCCCUCAAGCAGGGCUCCAAGCUGCCUUCCGUGGGCAUGCUCAAGGAGAACCACCCCGUUGAGGCGAACAUGGACUUGGGCACGCUGAGCGGGAAGAACAUCAUCGUCUCCGUGCCAGGUGCCUUCUCACCAACGUGCUCUGACCAGGUCCCGGGGUAUCUUGAGAACGCUGAGAAGUUCGCUGCUCAUGGUGUGAAGGGCAUCUACGUCGUGGCCGUCAACGAUCAAUUCACCGUCGACGCCUGGAAGUCGAAGCUGGGUGGCGCGAAGAGCCCGCUCGUGCACUUCAUCGCUGAUGAUGAGGGCAAGUUCACCAAAGCCGCCGGCAUGGACUUCGACAGCGUUGCGUUCUUCGGGAACCGCCGCUCCAAGCGCUACGCCGCCAUCGUGGAGGACGGCGUGGUCAAGUCGAUCUGGACUGAGGACGACCCGACCAAGGUUACUGUGACGAGCGCGACGAACGUGCUGCAGGCUCUCGGUUGA